AUGUCGAAAAAAAAAGACGCAAUAAUUUCAAAAAGUUGUAAAAGGGAAAAGUCAAUAAAAUGGAAAUAUAUAAUAAAAUGUAUUUAUAAAAAAUGUUUCAAUUCAAGAAACAAAAUAUUAUUUGUACAAGGAGAAAAGAAUAAAUUUAAAAAUAUUCAUUUUAAAGGGAAUAAAAGAAGAAUGAUGAAUAUUACCAAUAUUUUCAAAAUAUAUAAUUUGAAAAAUAAUAAAAGAAGUAGAAAAGUUCGUAGUACAUAUAGUGAUAAUAUAAAAAAUAUAUUUACACAUAAUGAGAAUAAAAUAAAUUUUGAUAAAAUAGAAAAAAAUAUUAUGUGGAAAAAAUUGUUAAUAGAUAUGAUAUGUUUUAAUAAUAAUUUAAAUGUACCCUAUAAUGAAUCUAAAUAUUAUAGUGAUUCAACAUCAGCAUCAUCCAAAAAUUUUGAUAAUCAUAUGAAUGAAAAAAAUAUUGCAAUGUAUUACAAAGGAGGGGAAAAAAAAAAAUGUAACCCAAUAAAUAAAAAAGGACACAACUUUGAUUAUAUAAAUAAAAUAAAUUAUAGUGUAAAUAUUGAGUUACAUUCUUUAUUUACUUAUGUUCGUACUAAAUUAAAAAAAAAAAAUAAGGAUUCUUUUAAAAAUAAAAAUGUGUUAAAUAAAAUACCCUUGCAUGAUAAUGGUCUUAUUAACAACCCUUAUAAUAAAGAACAAUAUGCAAAGUUGAACAAUCAAUAUAUUCCUCAAAAUAAAGAACAAAUCUUAAAUGAUAUAAAAACAAAGCCUAAUAUGGCUCCAUCUCCUAAUAGAAGAAAAUCCAAUAAUGGUGUAAUGGAAAAUAUGGACAUGCAUGAUAAUGAUUAUAAUCAACAAUAUAAUAAUAAUUACAAUGAACAAUAUAAUAAUAAUAAUAACCCAUAUAAUAAUAUUUACAAUGAACAAUAUAAUAAUAAUAAUAAUAACCCAUAUAAUAAUAUUUACCAUGAACAAUAUAAUAAUAAUUAUAAUAACCCAUAUAAUAAUAAUUACAAUGACCCAUAUAAUAAUAAUAAUUAUAAUGAUCCAUAUAAUAAUAAUAAUUACAAUGACCCAUAUAAUAAUAAUUAUAAUAACCCAUAUAAUAAUAAUUAUAAUGAUCCAUACAAUAAUAAAUUCCCACCUAUGGUUAAAAGCCAAACUCAUAAUAUAAAGAAUAACUUUCAAAAUGAAGAAAAUAUUAAUAUAGAAGAAAGUGUAGACAAAAAUAAAAAUAAAAAAAGUAACAAUAAAGAUGAGAAUAAAGUUUCAAAAGAACAAGAACAAUUGAAAAAUAAUGAAAGUGAAGGUAUUGAUGAAGAUUUAUUCUCAGAUGAAUUUGAUAUGGAUGAUUAUGAUAGUGACGGAAACAAAAAAGAAAAACCUUAUUAUACUGAUCGUUGUAUAUUAGAUAGGAGUGCUAAAAGAGUAUCUAUAUUAGACAAAUUAAAUUUAGAGUUAAAAAAUAAAGAAAAUGAUAAAAAUAAAAAUAAUGAAAAUAUAUCAAAUAAGAAUAUAUUAACAAAAAAAAGUGAUAAUAAUGCUUUCAAGUUAAAAAAAAUUGAGUCUAAAAAAUAUGUUGAUGAUACAAAGGAGGAUAGUAAUACAGAUGAUGAAAAUGAUGAUAAGAAUAAAAAAUUGAAAAACAUAAAAAAUGAAAAAAAUGUUAAAGAUAUAAAAGAUAUAAGAAAUUAUCACAAAAUGAACUCUUUAAAGAAAAAAGAAAAUAAAAUGCCUCCACCAAAAAAAAUAGGCCAAAAUAAAGGUCAAACAGAAAAAGCAGAUGAAAUGGACACAUCGAAGAAAGAGGGAAUAAAUGAUAUGAAAGAAAAUGUAUAUAAUAAUAAAAAAGAUGAAAGGAUGAAAAAUAAAAUGAAUUAUCCACCCAAAUAUGAUAUGAAUAAUGAAAUGAAUUAUGAUAUAAAUAAUCCAAUGAAUUAUAAUAUAAAUAAUCCUAUGAAUUAUAAUAUAAAUAAUCCAAUGAAUUAUAAUAUAAAUAAUCCAAUGAAUUAUGAUAUGAAUAAUCCAAUGUAUUAUGAUAUAAAUAACCCAAUGUAUUAUGAUAUGAAUAAUCCAAUAAAUUAUCAGAUGAACAAUACAACUAUUUCUAACAUGAACAAUCCCACUAAUUAUACGAUGAAUACUCCAUUGAAUUAUCAAAUGAUACCCAAUAAUUUUAAUAAUAAUAAUAAUAAUAAUUCUAUAUAUUUUCAAAGUAAUAAUAAAUUAAUAAAUUACAAUGGUAUUAAUCGACUUCCAUAUAAUGAUAUAAACAAUAUGGGAUAUCCUCAAGAAAAGAAUAAUCUAAAUAAUAUACAUAUUGAUGGUUCUAAUCAAUUGAUUGCAGGAGGUUAUGAUGAUAUGAACACAUUAAAUUCUAAUAAUAAAAAUUUAAUUUUAUAUAACAAAGGGAAUGAAAAGUAUGAUGAAGAUUUUACUUUGAAUUAUAUUCUGCAGAAAUAUGAUGAUGACGAUAAAUUUUUUUGCAGCAAUAUGUAUACUUCAAUAAAUGAAGAAGAAAAAAAAGAUGAAUUAAAAAAAUAUACAGAGGGGAUGAAUAGGUUAGUAGAACAAAUGUACUUUUAUGAUAAUUUCAAUGAUGAAUAUAAAAUAACUAAAGAAAAUAAAAAAGAAACAACCGAAUCGUUUGAUAUAAUAGAUACAUCAUUGAAUAUACAUGUUGUUGAUGCUAAUGAAGAUAAUAUAACAGAUAUAAAAAACAAGGAAAAUCAGGAAAUCAUUUCAAAAAUGGAAUUAAAGAUAAAACAGUUGGAGAAAACUAUUGAUGAAAUGAAAAAGAAGAAUAAAUCAGAUAGCGGUCACCAUGAAAAGAAGAAAAAAAGAAAAAAGAAAAAAAAAGCAAAUGAUGCUAACAGUAGUAGUAGUAGUAAUAGUAGUUGUAGUGGUGAAUAUUCAUCUAAUAAAGAAGAAGAAAGUUAUCAAAAACAUUCAAUGUUAAAUAAAUUAAAAAAAGAUAUUGAGGAAAUGAAAAAGAAUAUGAAAAGGGAAGAAGAAAAUAGGAGAAUACAAAAAAGAGGAAUAAAAAAUAUGAAGGAAUUGAAGAAAGAUAUAAAAGAAGACGAAAAUGAUAAAAUAGAUGAUAAUAUAAAAAAUGUAGAAGAUGAAGAAACAAAAAAAAGAAAAGAAAAGAAAGAAGAUAAUGACGAGUUGGAUAAUGAAUAUGCUUAUAAAUUUAAUAUAGAUGAUAUAAUAAAUACGGAACAAUUUAAUAAUAUAAAAAAUGGUAUAUUAGAUAAUGUUUAUUAUUAUAUAUAUGAAUCAUAUGAUCAAAGAGAUUAUGAUAUUCUCGAAAAUUUAGCAAAAAAACAUGAAAUAAAAGGAAGAAAAAUAUGUUAUAAUAUAAAUUUACCUAAAUAUAAUUUUAAUGAAAAGAGAACAUCAAGUGCUUGGUUUUUAAAUCCAGCUUAUGAAAAUUAUAUGCUCGAAGAAAAAAAAAAACGAAUGAGUCUUGAAGAUAAUAGAGUUAUUUCAUCUUGUAGUUAUGAACAUGUCCAAUUUUUAUUUAAUGAAAAUGAAAUGGUAGAUGGGACUAUAAUUAAAAAUGAAGAUAAUGAUGAUGAUGACAAAAGUGUGGGAAAGAUUUCUGAAAUUAGAGAUAGUGAAUUUUCUUAUGAAAGUUUUAUAAGUGAACAAAAAAAAAAACUUAAAAAAAAUAAAAUCAAUCUUAUAAAAAUUAAGAAUAAUGUUGUAAGAAAUAAAAGUAAAAGUAUUAUACAAGAUCAUAAUGUAAAAGAGGAUAUAAAAGAAAAUAACAAUUUAGGACAUAAAGAGGAUGAAAAUGAGAAAUAUAAAAAAUAUGAAGACAAAGAAAAAGAUGAUAUACAUUUAAAACAAAUUGAAAAUCCAGAAAUGAGUACAAAUAAUAAUGAUAAUAUAAUUAAUAACAUUUUUGGAACCAUUAAUAAUUUUGUUCAAGAGAAUGGUGUAUUGGAUUUUUAUAAUUCAUCUAAUUUAAUAAUAAAAGAAGAAAAUGAAAAUGGAGAAAACAAAAAAAAUAUGGAAAAAAUAAAUGAUGAUAAAAAUGGGAAUAAUGAUGAAAAUAUAUUAAAAGAUCAAAUUGAAAGGCAAAAAAAAGAAAAAGAAUUGUUAGAAUUAGAAAUAGAAAAUAAAAAAAAGAAAAAAGAAUUAGAAGAAUUAGAACUACAACUUAUGGAAAAUAAGAAAAAACAAUUUUUAGCUAAUAAGCUAAUAGAUGAUUUACAAAAAGAUAUUAAUUGUACAGAAGAUGAAAAAAAAAAAAAAAAAAAAAACGAAACUAAAGAGGAAGACCCAAAACAAAAAAGUAUAAAUGAUCAAAUAGUUGAUGAGAAAGAAAUAGAUGUAAAUUCUAAAAAUAAAGGAGAAAUUGUUCAAGUGCCAAAUGAAAUAAAAAGUACAAAUGAUAUACAAGAAAAUAUAAAAAAAGUACAACAAGAAGAAGAAGAAGACGAAAAAAAAAACAAGGAAAAUUUAUCAAAAGAAAAAGAAAUCAAUGAUUGCUUAAACGAUUAUAUAAAUAAACAAAAGAAAAAGGAAAAAAAAAAAAAUAAUUGGGCUAUGUAUGGUAGACCUGUAGUUAAAAGACAAAAUAAUCGUAAUAUAAAUAAUAGUAAAAAUGAUUUGAAGAAAUUAUACUCUUCCAAAAGUGAUAGUGGAUUUAAUAAUUAUGCAUUUUAUGCAGAGAGAUUUUUUGAAGUCAUUACUGGAUAUAAUAGUGAACCUGAUUAUUUAUCAGAUAUUGAUAAUGAGGAUAAAAAUAAAAAUGAUAUUCAUAAUAAUAAUAUUAUUAAUAUAAGUAAAAAAAUGAAAGAAAAUAUAUAUGAAAAUAGCCCAUUCCAUACAUAUGGAAGACCAAUAAAUGAAAAAAAAUCUAAAAAUCCAAAGAAUUAUAAUAAAAUGAAAUCAACCACUCGUAAUGCUAUAUUAAAAAAAAAAAGAAAAAAAACUCUAAACAAAUCAAUCUCUAUUAAUAGCUUGACGAAAAUGAAUUCAUCAAAUAAUAAAAUUGCAAAAAGGACAACCAAAAAGAACAACAUUGUUGAUAAUUAUAAUAAUAGCACUAUAAGGAAAAUUCUAAAUAAAGAACAAAAUGUAGACGAUCAAGGAUAUAUAGAUUUAAAAACUAAGAGAAAAUUAAUUUACGAAGCUUUGGAUGAAAUAAAUCAACAAGCACAACAAAAUUUAAAGACAACCGAAAAUAUUACAGAAGAGGAAAAGAAGCCUGGACUAAAUGUCUCUAAUUUUAUAAAAAACACAGGAGCGAUGUUAAUAGAAAAAAUAACAAAAAAAGGUAAAGAUAAUAAUGAAGAACACCAAUUUUGUGAAGAACUAAAAGUGUUAGAAAAACUGAAAAAAUUAAAAGAAUUAAAAAGGAUAGAAGAACUUAAAACCUUGGAAGAAGAGGAAAAAAAACGUCUAGAAGAAUUAAACUUGCUAAAGGUUGAAGAAGAAAAAAAAAAAAAAAAAAAUUUGGAGGAAAUGAAAAAAAUGGAAGAACUUAAAAAAAUGGAAGAUCUUAAAAAAAUUGAAGAAGCCAAAAAAAUCGAACUUCAAAGAAAGAAAGAGGAAGAAAAAUUAUUACAAUAUAGUAGAAAACAAGAGCAAAUAAGGAAAUUGGAGGAACUCAAAAAAAAGGAAGAAUUAAAAUUGAUAGAAGAAAUGAAAAAGUUGGAAGAACAAAGAAAAAGAGAAGAAAUAAAAAAAAUGGAAGAAGAAAAAGAAAGAGAGAGACUUAAAAAAAUAGAAGAACAACAAAAAAAGGAAGAAAUGAAAAAGUUAGAAGAGCAAAGAAAAAAGGAACAGAUCAAAUUAAUGGAGGAAAUGAAAAAAUUUGAAGAGCAAAGAAGAAAAGUAGAAUUGAAGUGGUUGGAGGAGGAAAAAAAAAGGGAAGAAGAAAAAAAGAGAGAGGAACUUAAGAAGAUGGAAGAAGAAAAAAAGAGAGAGGAACUUAAAAACUUGGAAGAAGCAAAAAAGAGAGAGGAACUUAAAAACUUGGAAGAAGCAAAAAAGAGAGAGGAACUUAAAAAGUUGGAAGAAGAAAAAAAGAGAGAGGAACUUAAAAAGAUGGAAGAAGAAAAAAAGAGAGAGGAACUUAAAAAAAUGGAAGAAGAAAAAAAGAGAGAGGAACUUAAAAAGAUGGAAGAAGAAAAAAAAAGAGAGGAACUUAAAAAGCUCGAAGAAGAAAAAAAAAAAAUAGAAGAGAUGGAAUUACUCGAGUAUGAAAGAAUUCAAGAAGAAAUCAAAAUUUUAGAAGAGAUGAAAGAAAAGGAAGAAAGAAAAAAUAUAGAAGAAAAUAAAGAAAAUACAAGUGAAAAAGAUAUAUUCAAUAACUUUUUAAAAAAAAUAUAUAAUGUUAAUCCAUUAUCAAAUUAUAUAACAAAUGAUAAAGAAUCAACUCAAAUUUUAAGAAGUGAUAAUGAAAAGAAAGAAAAUGAGGAUAAAAAAUAUUUAAUCGAAAAGGAUAAUUUAUCAGAUGAAGAAAUCGAAAAAAAGGAAGAUAACCAAAAUGAUAAUAACAAUAAUAAUAAUAAUAAUAAUAAUGAUAAUAAUAAUUAUAAUAAAGAUGAUAAUAUGAUUGAUCAAGCAAAAGAAAAGAAAUAUAUGUUUAUGCCCAAAAUAUCACACAUGAAUCAUUAUGAUAUAUUCUAUCAAAUGGAAAAGCAAAGAAUAAAAAAUUUUAAAGAAAAAAAAAAUUAUUAUAGAAAUACACCAAAUAAAAUAGGAAAUAAAGGAUUAUUAAAAAAUGCGUAUACUAAUAAUUCUCACAUAAUUAGGAAUAUUAUAAAUAAAAAAAAGGAAGAACAAUAUGAACAUAAUAAAAUGUCAUCUGAGGAUGAAAAAAAUUGUGAUAUGUCUGAGAAAGAAAAUAAAUGUGAUAUGUCUGAAGAUGAAAAAAAUUGUUAUAUGUCUGAAGAUGAAAAAAAUUGUUAUAUGUCUGAAGAUAAUAUACAAAAUGGUGAUAUGGAGAAUGAUAAUAUACCUACCAAGGAAAGGAUUGAAAAAAUUGUAAUAGAUAUGAAAGCAAGAGAAGAAAAGAAAAAAAAAUUAUCACAGAUGAGGAAUAAAAAUUUAAAGUAUAACCAUGUAAAUAAAGAAAAUAUACUAAAUGUGGUAGAAAAAAAAUUAGAUAAUAAAAAUUCAGACAAAGACGAAAUUGAUGAUUUGUUUGAUUUAGAAAACGAAGUUGAAAUAUUUGUAACUGAAUCAGAAGAAUCCUUUUUAAAAAUUGAUGAUAAGGAACCAGGAAAUUUUAAAAAAACACACAUAUAUAGAGAAUCACCAUAUAUGAAAGGCAACAAUAUGAAUGAAUAUUUUAAAAAUAAUUAUGAGUCAUCAAAUGAAGGGAAUAAAUCUUAUAGUAAUAAAUCAGAUAGGGAAAACAAUAAUUAUUCUAGUAACAAUAAUAUUUUGUCUAAUCAUAAUAAUAUAUUAUGUAGUAAUAAUAAUAAAUUAACUAGUUAUAGUAAUAUAUUAGGUCAUCAAAAUAACAACUUAUAUAAUCAUAAUAGUAUAAUAUCAAGCCAUAAUAUCAGAUCGUCAGAUUAUAAAAAUAUAGAUGAUGACGAUAUAAAUAUAAAAUCGUAUAAUGAAUACAUAAAUAACGAAAGUGUAGAAGAAUUAUUUAACUAUAUUAUGAAAGAUAUACAUAUGAAAAAUACGUACAAAAAUGAUAAACAUUCAUUACCUUAUAAUAAUUAUUUAUCAAAAGAUAGUGCAGACAUUUAUUUUGAUUUUGAAAAAAAGAAAUUAGAUAGUCAAGAAAAACAUUCAUGUAAUAUAACAAUGAAUAGUUUUUAUGACAUAUAUAAAAAUAUAUAUCAUGAUGGUGUUGAAUUUGAUAAUAAUGAUAAUUAUAAUAAUAAUAAUAAUUAUAAUUUAUAUGAAUAUAAAAGUUCAAUGUACUAUAAAAAUGAUGACCCAAGUACUAAUUAUUCUUUUGAAAAAAUAUUAAAACAAAAAGAUAAUUAUCAUCAAAGAAAAACUUUAAUUGACGAUAAUAAUAAAAAUGAUGAUAUCUUAUCAAAAGUAAUGAAUAAUUUAAAUGGACUCAACAAAAAAAUUAAAUCAAUAGAAAUAAAUUAUAACUUUGAAAAGCAAAAAAAAAAUAUCAUACAUAAUAAUAAUGAUAUAUAUAUGAAUAAUUUAAAUACAAAUAAUAAAAAAAAUUCAUAUUCUUUUAAUACUAAUAGUAGAAAUAAAUAUGAAAGUCAUUACUCUAACUAUUAUGUUGAAUAA